UUAAUUUUGGGUACUACUCCACAAAGCAUUCACCAGUCUUGACCUCGAGUUUUUCUCCGAACCCAACAGAAAAAUUCAAAAUUUAAUUUUCCCGCGCGCAACUUCUCAAAUCAGCUGUGCCCGCAGUCACAACGCAACACUGGUCAAGCCACUGUACGAUAGCUCGCACGUUAGUUGCACAUAUCGAAAGAACAGAAGAAAACAGGAGUAGUACAGUGGAAAAACUCACUCGAAAUUGCACUCAAAACAGCUCUCGCAGAGGAGAAAAACAAAGUUUAAAGUUCGUACGAGUCGAAAAAUCGAGGCAAAACCAAACGCAAAACACAUAUUUGCAAAGGUAAUUGUUGGUCCGCGAGCGAGGGACCGAACAGCGAACGAAAACACCCAACGAGCAGCAAUAUUUGUGCUACAAAAUCCGAGAGCUGAAUCGAAGGAAAAACCUUUAACGUUACCACCUGCCUCUGCACCCCCUUCCUUCCAAUACUUCUCACCAGUGCAUACACACCAACACAUACAUACACACGGACACACACACCUGUGCAGCUAUUCUUUUUGCGAAAUCCAAGACGAAACCCAGACAGCAGUUAGAGCAACAGAGAUCCACGUAGAAACCAGCAAAGCAAACAGCAAUCAGCUCCAAAUGCGUGUGCCAUCGCUUGGGGGAAGGUAGAUAAAUUGAAAAUUGGAAUCGCCGCCGAUCAACGAACGCGUCGAAGGGACGGGUGGACGGACGGGGCCGAUUAGUGCUGUGUCACGUCGCAUCAGCCACAAACGCUGCCGAGCAGACGAACAGACAAGCCAUAGUCAUGUCCAUGCGCACUAAGGUUUUGGGCCUGGUGGAUGUGAUGAUGCGGGUGCCGCCCGUGCUGGUCAUCGAUGAGAUACUGAAGAUUGGCAUGGGCCUGCCCACACGAUUCUAUCCGGAGACCAAUCCGCCCCAGUCGCCGGUCGCCGAGGAUGUGGGUUUUCUAGCCGAUGCAGAUACACCGGGAGCCGCAGCCGAUGCAUUCGCCGCCCUCAAGGCAUUCUUCGGAUUGAGCGAUGCUGCCCAAAGCCCCGUGAUCCCCACCGCCAGCCCACUCGAACAGUCCAUCGAUAAUGCCUCCAAAUCGGCGAUGAAGGACGGGAUGCUCAGCACCGGCUUCAACAUGCUCAUGACCGAGCUGUCACACGACGAGACGCUAUCGGAUGUCCUCAGCAUAACGACGGUCAAAUUCAUGAUAUGCCUAUUCGGUUUCCUAUCCGCCGCUUGCAUUUUCAUGCUCUGGACGCGGCACCUGGUGAUGGUGUACAUGUUUCUCACUUCCCUCGGACUCACGUUCCUCUCCUACUGGUCAAAUGUGAGCGCCCUGGCGCUCAUGGAGCGGAGUCCCUGCAUACUGGAGGACCUGAUAUCGCUCAAAACGACGAGAUUACUGGACUCGGGCGGGGUGAUCAUGUCGCUGGCGCCGCACGUCAUGGCGCAGUGGUUCAUGGGCAUGCUCUUCGCGUACAUACACCUAGGACCGAGAUACGAACUGCUGCAGAAGUCGAUGCCCAUUAUAUUCACUAGUCCCAUUCUGGUUGCCAUGCUGCCGCUGCCACCGCACGUGGUAGAACACCUGCCCGUGAUAGCCGGCACCACGCCCAUUAUCCUCACGCUGGUCACGAUGGUGUACAGCUCCAUGGAGGCCAGUCGAACGGUGUACAAUGGCUACCAAUACGUCAUGAACUUUGUCACCAACUUUGGCCUUUCCGCUUUGAUCGAGAACGAGUGGCAGCGACUGAAUGUGCCCAAUGUCUUGCGUGUGUUCUGGACAAUCCGAAUCAUUCAGGGAGGCUAUGCCCUGGCCGUCGCCGAUUCCAAUGAGCCCUUCCAAUUGUUUCCGGCAAUCGAGAAGCUCCUGGUCGAUGGCUGCGAGACACUGACUGCCGUACUGGGCAUGACGGGGGUGAUAUCCAUGAUCUGCCACUACAUUGGCCGAGGCUUUCAGUGGUUUUUGAUGACCUACGACAACGACGAGGAGAAAUCGUUGGGCACCGUCUCUGCGGUGCUCUUCUACAUCCUAGCCCUGCAGACUGGACUCACAUCUCUGUCGCCGGAGAAGCGAUUUGUGCGCUUGUGUCGAAACCUAUGUCUUCUGAUGACCGCCCUGCUGCACUUCUUGCACAACAUCGUCUCGCCCAUACUGAUGUCGCUGAGUGCGGCUCGAAAUCCGUCACGCAAACGCCACGUGCGAGCCCUCACCGUCUGCGCAUUCCUCAUUGUGACGCCCGUUUCAUUGUUGUACUACUUGUGGCUGCAGCGCUCCAUCUCCACAUGGCUGUUGGCAGUCACCGCCUUCUCAGUGGAGGUGAUCGUCAAGGUGCUCGUCUCGCUGGCCACGUACACGCUGUUCUUGGUGGACGCCCGCCGGCAGUUCUUCUGGGAGAAGCUUGAUGACUAUCUGUACUAUGUGCGUGCCUUUGGCAAUUCCGUGGAGUUCUGCUUCGGCAUUCUACUGUUCAUCAACGGCGCCUGGAUACUGAUCUUCGAGUCGGCCCAAAAUGCUACAGGCGGCGCCAUCAGAGCUAUCAUGAUGUGCAUCCACGCCUAUUUCAAUAUCUGGUGCGAGGCCCGAGCUGGCUGGUCGGUGUUCAUGAAGCGACGUUCGGCCGUGCACAAGAUCUCGUCCCUACCGGAGGCAACGCCGGCCCAGCUCCAAGCGUUCGACGAUGUUUGCGCCAUUUGCUACCAGGUGGAAAUGUACUCGGCCAAGAUCACGCGCUGCCGCCACUUCUUCCACGGCGUUUGCCUACGCAAAUGGCUGUAUGUCCAGGAUCGCUGCCCCCUAUGCCAUGAGAUAAUGAUGUACACUGAGAAGGCCGAGGAGAAUGUGCCGGAGCCUGAGCCAGCGGAGGCUGAGCAAGCAGAGUACCUGUAUCCCCGAGACGAUGCGAACAACGCUGGGGCCACGGGCCGCUUACCAGAGAGGGCCAUCGCUGCCGAUGCGACGGAGGCUUCCACAGCUGCCUCCACCUCGAAUGCCGCAACGGAAUCAGCGGCAGUUAUUUCCGAGGCAGCAGCCGCUGCUGCCGAGGCACGAUCCGCUUCGGUCUCCGCCAGCAGCAGCAAUGCCAGCUUCAUCACAGCUUCCAACCAGCCCCCAACACCGUCGGCCACGUCGGCGGCGGCUGCUGUGGCCACCGCGGCGGCCAGCAAUACGACGCACAUCUUCCGGGUUAUCCAGGAACAGGAGUGAGCGAUGAGGGAUUGAUCGGAUCGGGAUUGCUCGCGUACCUUCUAUCUGUCUAUCAAUCAAUCUAUAUAUAUAUCUACCACUUGAUUGUUCUGUGUGUUAGUGUACUUAUGUAAAAAUGCGAAUCUGUCUAGUGAAGAAGGGCUUCUUCAUACGUUUAAAGCAAUCUAUUCCUAUAACACCCAACACACACACACACACACACACAUACACAAACACAAACAAGCACGCACGCACCUUCGAUCCUCAUAGGCACACACGACAUAAACAUAUACACAUAUAUACAUAUAUAAACAAAUACAGCCAUGCUUAAUUAAAUUAUAUACCAUGCAUAUAAUAGAGCGCUGAUCGAGACGAAAUUUGAACCAGAGAUCUAUGUACGUUAAGUUUAUGGUAAAAGUUGAUCCAAAAAUGUUGAAACACACAAAAAAACGUUAGACCUAAGUUCUGCAGCGGAUGAAAGAGUGUAAAAAACAAAAGAAAACAAAACAACAAACAAAAAAAAAGAUCAGUAAACAAAUAACAUGUAUGUGGGGAAGUCUGAAAAUGAUUUAAUCAAGUUACCAAGUAAAGUUAGUUAAAAGCGCGAGAGAAGAGAGCGAAGAGAGAAAGAAAGAAGCGAGAAUCAGCACAGAGAACGUUUGAGGGAAACGCAAAACUUACGUUGUAUAAUUUUGUAAUGUAAAAAGAAUGUUGAAUAAGCCAAUCCUUUGUUCUUGUUUUUAUUUAAAUUACCUAUGUACGUUUAUUUAGAUUUAAUUUAAUCAAACGAAAGAAGCGGAAAAUACAGAAAACAACAAAACACGA